AAUCCUUGAUUCUUUCAAGUGUUGUUUAUGCUACACUAGUCUCAUUUUGGUUAUUCGUUUUCACUCUUUUCAUCAAAACUAGCCUCUCUCAAAAUUCUCCAAAAACAGCAACCAAAAUGGUCACUCAAAGGCUUGGAUAUUGUGCAAACUUCCUUGAGAACUCCAAACACCACUUUGCCAUGAUUGCUCUGCAAUUUGGCUAUGCCGGCAUGAACAUCAUCACCAAGGUUUCCCUCAACCAUGGAAUGAGCCAUUAUGUUCUUGUCGUUUAUCGCCAUGCCAUUGCCACUGCUGUCGUAGCUCCAUUUGCCUUCAUCUUUGAAAGGAAAGCUCAACCAAGGAUCACAUUCAGAAUUUUCAUGCAAAUUUUCAUCCUUGCCCUACUUGGGCCUGUGAUUGAUCAAAACUUCUACUAUGCUGGGUUGAAAUUAACAUCUCCAACUUUCUCAUGUGCAAUGAGUAAUGUGCUUCCUGCCAUGACUUUUAUAAUGGCAGUUCUAUGCAGGAUGGAGAAGUUGAACAUGAAGAAGGUGAGGUGCCAAGCAAAGGUGGUGGGAACAAUGGUGACUGUGGGUGGGGCCAUGGUGAUGACCUUGUACAAAGGACCUCUGGUGGAAAUGGUUUGGACCAAACAUGCCCUUCAUCAGAACCAAACCAAUAAUGCAACAACAACAAAUAACGGAACAACACCUUCGGACAAAGAUUGGCUCAUAGGCUCCAUUUUCCUAAUCAUUGCUACACUUGCUUGGGCAUGCCUUUUUGUUUUACAAGCCAAAGCUAUUGAAACCUACAAAAAUCACCAGCUAAGCCUGACAUCACUGAUGUGCUUCUUAGGCACUAUUCAAGCUAUUGCUGUUACUUUUGUUAUGGAACACGAUCCAUCAGUGUGGAGUAUUGGGUGGGAUAUGAACUUGCUUGCUGCUGCAUAUGCUGGGAUUGUUACAUCAAGCAUAUCAUACUAUGUUCAAGGGUUGGUGAUUAAGAAGAAAGGGCCUGUUUUUGCAACUGCAUUUAGCCCUCUCAUGAUGAUCAUUGUAGCCAUCAUGGGUUCCUUUAUCCUUGCAGAACACAUUUUUCUUGGAGGUGUGGUUGGUGCGAUCUUGAUCGUUAUAGGGUUAUAUUCAGUUCUUUGGGGAAAGCACAAAGAAGAAGUGGAAAACAAAGUGGUGGAGGAUAUUCCCUUACCUUUAAAGGGUGCAAUGCUUCAAGCAAAUAAUCCAGAUUCCAACAACAUCUCUUCACUUGUCAUUAAUGUCACCACUGAACCUCCAUUCAAAUCUAACAGUUAACAGAAAGAGUGAUAACCAUAAGAGCUAGUUGAAAUGUGAAUAGAGAAGGCUUUUUUGUUUUCUUGUGUUUUCAUUUCUUUUAUGAUCAUGUUAUCUGUUUUGUCAAUGUCUAGUAUCUAUCACAAAAUCUAAUAAUUG